AUGAAUGACCAACGUAAAAGAGACCAGGAAAAUGCGCCACCCUCUUCGCGGUCAGGAAAUCCAGAAGUCCAUAUUUGCACGAAUUCCGAUGGUGGUGCUACUGUAGGAGAAGUCUUCACUUUAUGUCAACCUGUCCCUAUGCCUCGUGAAAUACGACAAACACCUGGUCAGUUUACUCGCCCCCGUCAAGGGGAAGGAACUUUAGUGAAGAGAUACAGAACUGACAGCUAUUUCAGCCGUCCCGCUGAGUCUGUGAGUCAAAAUGAAACCGGACGAUCCACGCAUAGAUCACCGAUGAAUACCUCACCAGGUGUACAAAGUCAACAUUCAGACAAUGGAAAAUCAUUCCUCCUCCGACCUCAGAGUAUCUCUGCAAACGUUGGCGAAAGUGCUGUCUUCAGUUGUGUGAUUCGACCUUCUCCAGGAGUCCCAAAAAUUUACCGAGUCUCCUGGCGGCACAAGAACCGUGAAUUAAAGCAGGGGGGAGAUGAAACGCCCCGAGUGAUUACUAGAGCAAACAACCCUUGCGAUGGGGUGUUUCAACUCCAAUUCACCAACAUAUGUAGAGGCGAUGAUGGGGACUAUGAAGUCUCGGCUUUGGAUGAGAAUGAUGUGGAAAUCUGCAGUGCGACAUUUCAUCUGUCAGUCGAUGACAGGAACAGUUAUGGGGACGAGGGGAGAGAAUCACUGAUACGUGAUGAGGUUUUUUUGGACAGUCCAAGGCUUCCCUCUAGUGCUACUGUCGGUGUUGGCGAACGGCUGGAAAUGACGUGCUAUAUACCUGGCUAUCCCAUACCACAAGUGUUCUGGCUCAAAGAUGGUCAACAAUUAAAUGAUCACGGCUCCACAAACGACUUUCAGAUCAGAAAACGGGGACACGUUUAUCAACUUAUUAUACCGUAUGCUCUACCCCACCACGCUGGCUUGUGGGAAGUGAUUGCCCGUAAUUCGGCUGGUCUCGUGAUGAGUGGAUCACGCAUCGAGGUCAGGGCGACAGAGCGACGAUCCCCACCGGUCCCGCGUGAUCGUCGCGCACGCAGUCUCUCCCCCUGUGCCCUUACCGAAACGUCACAGAGGCGUGCGAAUUUGUGCUUGGACAGGCCCCACAUGCAUGAGCAGGCACCGCAAUUCACUAGAUUAUUUCGUGAUCAAACCGCUUCCUGUGGAGAUGAUGUUCGAUUUGAAUGCACGGUGAUCGGACUCCCCAUGCCUGAUGUGCGCACGCGCGCACCGCCGCGUGGCCGAGGACCGACAGCACGCAACUGCCACGAGCGGCCCUGCACUUCGGUCUUCGAUCAGGACAUCCCCACCUCCACUGAUUAA